AUGGCACUGACCAAAGAGUUUGCAAUAAUUCAAGGCCCACCUGGUACUGGAAAGACGUUUAUUGGGUUGAAGGUAGGUUUGAAAGUAUUACGAUUGAUGCUCCUUUCAAAUGCACAAAAAGUUGGCAAGGUAGAGAACUGUCUACUUAAAGCAAUGUGCUGGUCUGUCACAUCCUGUAUCACUUUAUUUAUGUCUUGCAGAUUGCCAAUGUUUUGUUGCAUAACAAAAGUAAGUGGGACUUCAGUAGAAGGAGUCGAAGGAAUAUUUUUCCUCGAUUUUUAGGGAAUCAUAUGCAUCCAAUACUGAUUGUCUGUUAUACUAACCAUGCGCUCGAUCAGUUUCUGGAAGGAAUCCAUCAGUUUCAUCCCGAGGGGAUUGUGCGGAUUGGAGGCCGAAGUCAGAGUGAAACUAUGAAGGAGUGCAGUCUGUCAGAGUUGAAACACCGCAUGCGCAAGGUGAGCAGCAGCAGAUAAUUGUUGAAAAUAUUUCGAGCCAUGUUUAUUGCCGGCAAAAUUUACACUGAAGUCGUUUCCAUUUUUCUUUAUCCAUCCAUACAUGGGAUUAGGAGAAAUGUUUCAAGUGAAACUAAUAUCCCCUUUCUUGCAAAUAUUUUCAAAAUGAUACGCAAACCUCUAAAAGACCGAGACGAAGGUUCAAUUAUUUCCCUCGCCGUUCGGGCAAACUGGGCUCAACAUCCCUCUAACAUUUGACCGAGAACGACGAAGAAAAAGUAGUUGAGUCAAACUGCGUUAUCAUAUCGUUUUAAGCUGCGUUAUCAUAUCUCUUAAGAUAUAAACUUAAUGAAUGUAAAAUAUCAUGAAAGAUGGUUCAGUGUGUAGCUGGAUGGUUGGUUACAACUGUUCUCGUCAGUUUUGCUGAAAAUUUUAAGAUAGGGGCUUCAACUGAAGCAAAUAGAUGGUAUUCAAAUUUUAACGUCUGAUUGGUAGUAAGAAAAUAUAGUUUCUAGGGAAUAUUCAUUUUACAUGUGCUUUUAGCCUGUACAUCAUCAUUUUUUUCUUUCGUUUGGUGCCAAUAAAUCCAAGUUUAUCCUUUUGAGAGGUAUGAUCCGAAUUGUAAUGAUUAUUAUUGCGAGUAAAUCUUCGACGCACUCAAUGUACUUAGUUUCACAUUUUGGCGUGAUUAUAAUACUGUUAAUCUUUAACUGCUCUUUGGUUCACAGGCGAAGUUAGUUCCGAAAAGUAUCAGAAAGGAUUUAUUUGAAGCUCAUAAGAAAAUUGAACGCGCUGAAUCAAAACUACAAAAGGCAACCGAUGGCCUACAGAAAUGUCGUAAACAUGUUUUUCACGAGGAAGCCCUUCAUUAUCGUGCCCAGAGCAUGACAGAAGCCCAUUACCGAUCCUUGAAGCAACCUUCUGAGGAAAAUGAUGGUGUAAAACACAGUGCAAUGCUACGCUGGUUAAAGCUCUUGGUUAACUCUGCAAAUCUUAGUCAAGGAGAUGUUUGUGAAAUAGAUGGUAGGUAUAAGUAAACUGUCUUAGAUCUCUUCUGAUUUGAUAGCUUUUAGAUAAAAAGUUAUUUGAUCUAUCGGUAUUCGUGUUCUACGGACAUAGUACACUGUUGGAAGAAUUUUUUUUUGGUUGACAAUUGUCGUUAUUAACUGUCAACUUACAUACAACAGUGCAGUACUAACACUACAAAAAAACACUUACAGUAAUUACGAUACUUACAGUGCUUACCUUACUCACAAUACUAUCCCUACUGCUAUCUAUACUUGUCGAUACCAGGAGUCCAUUACUUAAUGGGCUUCCGUCGAUACUCACAAUAAAGGCCACUUAGAAAAAGAUUUUUCUUUUAAAUUAAUUUACACUACAAAUUAUGUGAUGUUUACACUACUUGCAUUACGAAUUUUAAAUAAAUAUUAGCUUACUCUAUACACUAAACGAUCCUUACACUAGGUGAAGCUGAUACAAUUUAUGAAAUGUAGGCUGCAGCACAUCCCAGACACAAUGCAGAUACUUUAAUUACAUUUCGGAGCUUAAGUUCGUUUACAACGAAAAACGAUAAAGCAGAUUUUGAAUGAACCCAGCACAUGUUCUCUCCGCGCGGUAUCCAAAGAAAAAUAAUGAAAAAAAACAAAUAGAUAAAUAUGAAAAAUAUUAUAAUAGUGGUUCUCAUCUUUUUCUUAAGUCUUAAAGCUUCUUAUUUCCUGAGGCAAUGAGCCAUUCAGUCUUCUGCUUAGCUUCUACUUUGUGGAGAAGCAAAUUAAACUUUGGGACUGGUUUCUUUCUUCUACAAUCCCAUAUACAUAGUUUACCCAGAAUUAUAAGAUAGUUUAGUUGAUCAUUUUUAUUUAAAAUGCCAACCUCAACAGCUAGAUUCUCUUCUUCAUAUGUGAAAUCUUUGCAAAUUAAGGUCAUUUCGCAACAGGAGAUGUAAAGAUCUCGUGAAUCAUAUAUAUAUAUUUGUCGAUACAUAUCAUGUAUAUGUUGCUGUCAUUACGUUACCUUAAAAAUUUCUCGAAUGACGUUGAAAUUCAGUACAUUACGUUAUACCGGCGUUCGAGAAAAACUAACAUAUUGAAAUAGUAAAAUUAAAUCAAUUUUAAAAUUUUUUCGCGCAUAGGUUAAGUCUAGCAGAUAGUUGUAUUUUGAUUUGGAAUCUUUAGAACGUAAUUAAGUCAAGAACCAAUCUAACCUACGCAUGCUAAGGAGAGGGAAGGUGGAGUGGAGUUUUAUGUUAAGGAUGACACGAUUGUCUUCUUUACGACGGUCGCAGUUUACAACUUGGCAAUAAUCAUCAUUUUAUUUAUCUUCUUGAGGCGGGGAAUAUACAGAAGAAGUGGAAGAAAAAGAACAGGAUUACGAUGAAGACGAAGAUAGCGAAGAUGAAGGGGAUGUUUUGUACGAAGCGAAUGUUAUGGAAAACCAAAGAUUGUUAGAUGACGACGACGAAGUUUACCAGUCGAAACCCAUGAGAAAACCUCAGGACCUCCUCCAAGUUGUGAAUCCAUUUAUCGAUCACGGUGAGGAACACGGUGAUGAGUGGCAAAUACAGAACGCGUAUCGUCUGAUGAGGAAACUUAAGAGGAUCAUGCAUUUUGAACUGAGUAAAGACGAUAUCAUGCCUGAGGAGAUGGCGAAAAUGGUUAGUGUUAAGAUCACGGCUUAGUGUAGUUAAAUUCAUAUCAGUUAAUUGACGUACCAGGUAGUGUUUAUGAGAACUACGUGUAACUCUGAUAUAGAAAAUUAGGUUAAGAGCUCUGUCUCUGUCUGCUUUAGGCUGCCAAUUUAUAGCUUGCCUAACAUUUCUUAUCUGGUAAUUAGGAUAUGUUUUGAUAUGUUGAUUUUAGUGAGCAUUUCAGAUCCUUUUUAUCGUCAAACUCUCUUAGACUUAUCUUUUGCCUACAAAACCUAUUCUUACAAAGCGUUUCCAACAUUUUUCUUACGACUCUCAAUUUUUCUUAAUUCCUAAAGUUGGUGGAUGUAAACCAGGUGCCGCGGUUCCAAAAUGCUAACAUUUCAUAUUAUUGCGUUUACAUAGAUAGUUCUGUAUCAAAGUCUUAGUAUCGAAUUUGGAUAGUUACUGCAACCCAGAAGGUUGUAGCGUGCUAAAAGAUGAUCGUUCCUGAUUUAUUAUAAUAACAUUAGUAAGUUUCUGUACUGUAGAUCACAGAUGUUUGGAAUUUGAGCCUGGAAGACCGCUGGAGGUUGUAUCGGCGUUGGGUAAAGGACGUACGAGAGCGUUGCCGCCAAGAGAUGAGGUACUUCCUCUUUGACUUUGAGAGGGGUGUCAACAAACUAAAGCAGCAAACAGGUCAGCUGGACUUGUUCAUUCUUAGGGGGGCAAAUGUCAUCGGAAUGACCACAACAGGUGAGUAUGGUUAAAUAAAACUUAUCUCUUUUAUCAACCUUUACAACAUAACUCAACAUGGUAUGCAUGAUCUGACUGGACUUCGCCACAGGUACGAUCAAUUUUCUUUCUUUUAUCAUUUUUGAAAUACUUAUUUAGGUGCGGCGAAGUACAGCAAACUUCUGGAAGAAUUACAACCCCGAAUAACCAUUGUGGAAGAAGCCGCUGAAGUACUGGAGUCACACAUUCUUACAUCGUUAACUCCCGGAUGCCAGCACUUGAUUCUGAUUGGCGAUCAUCAGCAGCUCCGCCCCAACCCUACAGUUUACGAACUCGCCAAGGAUUACAAUUUGGACGUGUCGCUCUUCGAGAGAAUGGUGAAGAAUGGAAUGCCCUUUGAACGGUUGCUUCUACAGCAUCGGAUGAGACCUGAAAUUUCCAAAAUGUUGGAGCAUAUUUACUUCAAUCCAAAACUGGAAAACCACAAAUCAGUGCUGAAUUUUGAGAACAUUAUGGGUGUGAAUCGUAAUGUGUUUUUUGUGGAUCACGCCGAAAGUGAGGUGAGUGAAGACAGAAAUAUUACAAAUUCUUUAAGUGAUUCUCAGGUUUGCCUUGUAGCCAGGUUGGAGGGGACGAUGUACAUGGUUCCCAGUGAAAGAUUUCGUCUACAAACUUAUAUUCAGAUCUACCUUCUUACUUUAAGAGGGAGAAAUAACUGUGCCGAGUUUCCUUUACGUGACUGAAUAUUUAGUUCAUGGUUUCUACCUUUGCAAUGAAAAUAAAAUUAGAUAUGCUCGACGCUACAGACAGAGAUACUUCGGCUGUGCAAGACCUCAGCGAAGUGUUGUUAGCCGAUAUUGCUUACGGAUAAUGACACUUGUGAAUCGGCCUGAAAGUAAACUGAUGGAAGAAGAGCGGAAGAUAAUUUCCUGUCUUCUCGUAUAACAUUGUAGGUUAAUAAGUCUUAGGACAUAUUAAAAUGAUGUUUUAAUACUUACUUACAAACCAUCUCUCACGUUAACUGAUCUCCAAUAUAAAAGGUAAGAUCGAAAGCACUGAGAUAAAAUGUCUUAUCUGUAAUAUUCCGUGCAACUUUGAACUAUUUUCGUUUGUUAUGGAUCGUACUCUAAUGACGUCACGCUGUGAUAAUUGUCUACUCAAACAAAAGACGGCGGCCAUGUUGGUGUAACAGGCUUGUCAAGAAAUAUACCUUUCCAUAUCUCCAUAUUAUGAAAAGUUAAAACAGAAAAAGUUAAAAAUAGAAAUACAAAAGUUAAAACAGCAAUAAUAAUGAUGAGUAUAAAUUUUUUGUAUUUUAUAAACAACUUUGACUUGCCCUCUAUCUCUACUUUUCUAUGUACCUCUUUCGUCCGACUUAAAAUAAGAUCUGAAAUAGGUAAUAUAGUUGUAAGACUGUUUCUUUCUUUUCAUUACAUGCAGGAUUUUCUGGAAGAAGGAAGGAGUAGGUCAAAUGAACACGAAGCCCAGUUCAUAGCUGCUCUGUGUCGCUACUUCAUUCUCCAAGGCUACGAAGCAGAAAAAAUCACAGUGCUAACGGCUUAUGUUGGGCAAUUGACCCGAUUCAAAAAAGAAAUGGCAAACAAAAUCUUUCGAGGUGUUAGAGUCUGUGCUGUGGAUAACUUCCAGGGAGAGGAAAAUGACAUAAUUUUGCUUUCGCUCGUUCGAAGCAACGAAGAUGGCAAAAUUGGUUUCCUGCAGAUAGAAAACCGAGUUUGUGUAGCGCUGUCUCGAGCGAAGAAAGGUUUUUUCUGUAUUGGUAAUUUCUCCCUACUCGCGAAAAAGAGUUUGUUGUGGAACAAAAUUAUCAACGACAUGAAAGACUCAGGAAAUGUAGGAGAUGCUUUGAUACUCACUUGCCAAAACCAUCCGCAAAACGUGAUCCACGCUUCAGUUGCAGACGACUUCGAGAAAGCACCCGAAGGAGGCUGCACCCUACAAUGUGCCUUUCGACUCCAGUGUGGUCACGUGUGUGAUUUGAUGUGCCACCCCAUAGACCCUGAUCACGAAGAAUAUCGGUGUAAAAAGCCUUGCACCAAAACACUUUGCGAUCUGAAUCACAAGUGCCCUAAGAGAUGCUUCCAAAUAUGCGGGCCUUGUCGGGAACCCUUAGAUAAGAUCCUUCCUGGAUGUGGUCACUUCCAGAAAGUUCCUUGUUACCUCUGCAAUGAUCUCACUCAAGUUGAAUGCCAAACGCCCUGUAAAGUGAUUUUAAAAUGUGGACACGAAUGUGCUGGUAAGUCUGUUAAAAACCAUGGUUACCUAUAGAAGCAAUUCUAAAAGUUUCAAAACGUUUCUGUGCAUAAAGGUGGUUAAUUUGUUUCAGUCAAGUUGAAAUAGGUUUUCAUUUAAUUUGCGGGAGAUGCGUAGGACUUUUUAAACACCCGAUAGCACCGAUAAGGCUUCGAAGUCGUUUUUCACUGUUUUGAAAUGACGAACUUGUUUCAUUGGUUUGCUCUAAGCGACAAGUUUUCGAAUUUAGCGCAAUAGUUUCUUGUAACGGGAAUACAAUUUCUGGGGCUUAAUGUAUCAGGAUGAUUAUGGGUCCUAGAGAGAAUGUAAACAGUUCGGGAUGAUUGGAUAGUGACAAUUACAACUUCACACAUUCACUGUGAACCCGCUGAUUCCUAUUUCUCUAUGUUCACUAAGGUGAUUGCAGUGGUUGUAUAAGCAGUCCAGUCCACAUACCUUGCACAAAUGAUUGUCGCCGAUUACUAUUCUGUGGGUACACAUGCUCUAGGGCGUGCGCCAGGAUCUGUCCACCAUGCACGGUAAAGUGCAGCAACUAUUGCGAACACAACGAAUGCAGUAAGAAGUGCGGGGAUCCUUGCGAUCCAUGUGAAAAGAAAUGCGUUUGGCGAUGCCAACAUUAUGAGUGCACAAGUCAUGCAGCGAGCUUUGUGAUCGCCCUCGUUGCAAUGAACCUUGUACAAAGCCUCUUCCGUUGUGUGAUCAUCCUUGUUUUUAAAUUCUUACCCAAUGUUUUCACAUUCUAUGCAGGUAGUUGCAGUGAUUGUUUACGUGGUCGAGUUCACCAACCUUGUAAGGCAGUGUGUGGCCGCAUACUGUUUUGCGGACAUAACUGCUCUGAACCCUGUACUAAGAAUUGUUCGCCAUGCAAGGAAAAGUGUGGUAACUACUGCAAGCACAGAAACUGCAAGAAGAAAUGUGGCGACCCCUGCGAACCAUGUAACGAGAGGUGUGUUUGGCAGUGCCCUCAUUACAGGUGCAAAAACUUGUGCGGCGAGUUAUGUGAUCGCCCUCGAUGCAACAGGCCAUGUCCAAAGCGCCUUCCAUGCCGUCAUCCUUGCAUUGGUCUCUGUGGGGAACCAUGUCCAAAGAAGUGCCGAAAGUGUCAUAAAGACGAGGUCACAGAAAUCUUUUUCGAUACCAAAUACAAACCAGACGCUCGAUUCGUUGAAUUGGCGGACUGUGGUCACGUGUUCGAAGUGGAAAUGAUGGAUCAGUGGAUGGAUCAGGCCGACUUAACGCAGGGUGGGAAGCCUGUUGAUGUUCAACACAAGCUCUGCCCAAAGUGCGGGGUUCCGAUUCGUACCAGCUUAAGAUAUGGCAACGUUGUCAAGAAGAUCCUAGCGGACUUCGAGAAUAUUAAGGGGAAUACUUCCUCCUUUGAAAUACCUCGAGGUCAAGAAGUAGAGAGUCUGUUAUUUGCACUGCAGGGAAUUAAGGAGUUUCCCGAAGACCGAGAUAGUAUCGAGGUAUUGCUAGGUCAGGCAAAUCAUGCGGCUGAAGCACUCGAUGUGAUAAGGAACCAGAUCAGCCUUUUGUCUUUUCUCCAGACCCUUAAAGCCAACACGCACCGUCAAUUUGAGAGAGAAGACCUUCCGCGGGAGAUGAAGGAGAAAUUCGAUCGUAAAGUGGAACAACUCCGAGUUCGCGUCAUGCAAUUAAACUACCGAACGCUCAAUUCUCAGCAAUUAGAGGAGCUUAAUGAGGAAAUGCAUAGAACGCAGCUUCUUUUUGAUUUUAGAUUGCUGAUAAUGCAACUGGAAAUCAAUGGAGUUGAUCUGAGUAUUAUUGAUGGCUUGAUGAAAGAAGAACUGGACUCAGAAAGGAAGAUUGGUAAGAAUACAGUUAUGUUUACAGUGCAGUAUGAUAAUACGAUUUCGAGCAGUUCUGUGAGAUGAAACAGUUAAGAACAUGCAAGGGUCGAAAGGAGGGGGAAUGGACUGCUACAAUUUUUCUGUAAUGGUCUUUGCUCAACUUUUCUUCUCAAAAUGUAUGAAUAAGCGUAUAUUUCCUUUAGAUAGGAAAAGGUGAGUCAUCGCAAACGGUGACUUGUCUACCAUAAAUUGUCAUGGUAUUGUGAAAAGCGUACUGUUCGCGGUACAUUCGUUCUGUAACGUAAUUAAUCAAGUUUGAAAACGUAAGGGCUUUGUAUUGGCAGAUGAAAAAUGAUGUGUUAGUUAUGAUAGGUCGACCGUUGAGUGGCAACUGUUGGGUAUCUAGGUGUGGCAAAGUAGUGUGCACUCCACCCUUACAAUCGCACCAUCCUUUUGUGAUUUUUCGAAACAAAAUUUUCCAUUAAAAAGAAAAGGUUUUAUAGACAGUUUGCAAUUUAUCAGAUUCGUGCGAAAAUGUGUUGACUAAUGCUAAGGAAAUUUUCAGGCAAAGCAUUUCGAGGUCGAUACACUGCUCGUAUCCAACGUAUAAGACGGGAACACAAACUUCAAGCUUUCAAACUGGCGGUUUUAAGGGACGAACAAAGUGUGAUUGUUAAUUCAAAGUGUCUGGCACAGCCUCGUUGGCACAAGUGUCCAAGAGGUAAGUUUUAUUUAUAAUUAUUUGUUUGGUAAAAGUCAUUGAAUUGUACUGGCCCCGAGAUUAGGAUUUAGACUCUCUUUUUUUACUUAUUUAUACCAAAGUUUUGUGUAUUUUCUUAAGAACCCAUUACUUACUGGAAAGUUAUAACCAGCUCAUCGUCCAAAGUAAUAGCGGCAGGGCGGCAUAGGAGCUGCCUAAGUAAAGAAAAUUAACAAUGGUUUUCAAUCUUUUCUUUAAAAAAUGUCUGAAGGGCUAACUUAACAAUAACACCAGCCUUUUUACAAGUGAAUCUCAUUCAUUUUUGAAAUUAUAUUCUCACUUUGAGGGUCACAUCUACUACAUCACAGAGUGUGGCGUGGGGAUAGACGAAAGUAAAUGCCCGGAUUGUGGAAAGAAUCGUAAGGAACAUCAUGCAGAUGUAACAAUCACAGUGUAAUCAAUAUAGUAACCCUGAUUUGUGGAUGAGGCUCCGCAACUUCAAUUUUUAUACAGCAAAUUCAGAUGUGAGCUGAGCAUGAACCAGAGGGAGCUCUAUUACUAGACCUCCUUAUCGAGGAUCUUUUCAACUCAAAAUAUGGUGUCAAACUAGCUUUUCAAUUGAAGCAUUGCAGCCAUAGUUUCCAGGAAUUAAGAAGAAGUUUUGAAUCGAAACUGUAACCACAGUUGAUUUCUUUGUGAUACCUGGUCACCUGGCCAUAAGGCUAGCUUAAAAAUUCAUUAAUUAUUUUGUAUUGUAGCUAGUGGAUGGUACUUCUAUCAAAGAGUUUCAACUCAGCCUUAGGAGAACUGAAAUUUUUAAGGGGAUUGCCCAGCUCAGUUUCAUAUACAGAGAUUUAACACAAGGUCAUAGUAUGUUUGGGGGGAGGGGGGAUACCCCUUAGUAAAAUCGUUUUAUAGUGGAAAAUUAUUAAUAACAUAGCGGGCGUGCUUGCCUUAUAUAAGUCCUAGUGAGCCGCUGUCAACAAAAUCUUUAUUUACGUACGACCGUGGAAGAAACCAGCGAAGAACUGCCCAAUUUUUCUAUCGACAUGGACCUUUUAGGUCCUGAUCCAACAAGCAACAAAAAUAAAGCCGAAAAAAACUCACAAGUUGCACGUUUCGCAAAUUUGUCAAAACCCUGAUAACUUCGGGUCUUUGACUUUUAAAAAAAAUUUUUAGUGACACUUGAGUUCAUUUGGCUUUGAUUUUCUCCAUUUUCCCCGUAAUUUUUGAGCAUUUCAUUCACAGUUAUCGGUUGACUGGAUCAAAUGCUCCCGCUCAAACCAAAGUAUAAAAUGU